UCUUCAUCUUCUUUCUUCCUUCUUCCUAUUCUCUUCUCUUCACUCUUUCUGGUUUAACGGUUUUUGCGCCAUGGCCUCUCUUACGGAUUUUGUCGAUUUUUCCUCCAAGCCUUUACUAUGGUCCGCUGCGACUAUUGCUUUUAACCCAAUUUUUUGGAACAUUGUUGCCCGCGCAGAGUACCGCAACCACUUCUUGACCCGCCUCUUCGGAGGCGCAUACAAUGGCUGCUACGUCCUUGCAGUCACCAUCUUUUCCCUCGGGAUUCUCCGUGACCAUAUCUACCAACUCGCUCUAGCUGACCAGCCCUUCUACGCUCCUGUCCACCAACCCAUCGUUGGAGGUAUCCUGUUUACUAUCGGUUCCGUCCUGGUUCUCUCCAGCAUGUGGGCUCUUGGUGUGACCGGUACCUACCUUGGCGACUACUUCGGUAUUCUUAUGGACGCUCCUGUCACCGGGUUCCCUUUCAACGUGACCGGCUCGCCGAUGUACUGGGGUAGCACGUUGAACUUCCUUGGUGUUGCACUGUACCACGGCAAGGUUGCUGGUAUUCUUCUGACUGCCCAGGUCUUUAUCCUGUACUGGUUCGCUCUCGGCUGGGAAGACCCCUUCACUGCUGAGAUCUACGCCAAGCGUGAGCGCGAACGUGCCAAGAAGCAGGGCGGCAAGAAGCAGUAAGCGCCAUGAAUGUAUACCAGGAUUGGCCAGGACAUUCAACAUCCACAAUCCGAACACCAAAAGAGAGGCCGGGUUGCUUCAGACAACUUGACACCCAAAAAGUCUAGGGUUGCCCACGACAAGUUUCCAGCACAUGGAUGCAUCCGAAUCUUCAACGAUGCUGGACCUGUAGACGAUAGAUCUUUGCCUUGUCCUUGAUACUGGGGAUGAGUAUAACAGGACAAGGCCCCACUGUGAUUUCCCUUACGCGACUACAAAAGAUAUAAUUCAAUCAACCCAUCGCGCCAAACCUGCAGUACGACUGUGAAUCAGUAGACCUUUGUUGCUUACUUGUGAUUGCUGAGUAUGU